UCUCAGGACGAGGACCAGUCACACAUCAUGAGGGGAACCAGGGAGCAACUGGAAUGGGUGACACUAUGGGUCGCCGUCUGCUUUGGACUGUCUGCAGCCAACUCUGGCAUGCAUGGGACAGAAGCUAAAACGGCAGUAAUCCCAGAGGUGAAAUCCUUCCACGAUGACGGGGUCUGCAGCACAUGGGGAAACUACCACUUCAAAACCUUCGAUGGAGAUUUCUUCCAGCUUCCUUUCACCUGCAACUACAUCCUUGCGUCCCAGUGUAAAGGCAGCUAUGAAGAUUUCAAUGUUCAACUCCAGCGACAGGUGACGAAUGGGGUUGUCUCCAUUAAGAGGGUCACUAUGAGACUGGACGGGGUUGAGGUGGAAUUAGCCAACACUUCCAUUAAAGUCAACAAUGAACCUGUCUCUAUACCUUUCACUCAUGCUGGCAUUUCAAUUGAAAGAACUGUUUCAUAUGUCAAACUCGAGGCAAAGCUGGGUUUGGUCCUCAUGUGGAAUCAAGAAGACGUCCUCUGGAUUGAGCUGGAUCCAAGAUACAGGAAACAGACAUGUGGCCUGUGUGGUGACUUCAAUGGAGCCCAGGUUGAUGAAAAGUUCAGCGCAACAGAUUACGGGGAGGACUGGAAAGUCAAUGAACUCGAGAAGUGUGAAGAAAUCUCCUCUUCAGCUACGCAGACCUGUGAAAAACAGACGGACCUCUGUGAAAACCUGCUGUCAGGACCUGCCUUCCUCGGCUGUCAAAACCUGGUCGACACCAAUUCCUUUAUCAGAGCGUGUGUGAAGGACCUGUGCAGCUGUAACAGCAACAGCAGCUCCUGUUUGUGUUCCACCAUCUCAGAGUUCUCCCGUCAGUGCGCUCAUGCAGGUGGGACACCUCAGCAAUGGAAGACCGCUCAGCUCUGUGCAAAAACGUGUCCGUUCAACAUGGAGUACAGAGAAUGUGGUAGUCCCUGCACUGACACCUGCAGCGACUUUCAGAGAAGCCAAGUGUGUGACGAUCACUGCACCGAUGGAUGCUUCUGUCCACCUGGGACCAUCUUUGAUGACAUCACACAGAGUGGGUGUAUUGCCAUUAACCAGUGUUCCUGUUUGCACAACGGCAAGCCUUACGGUCCAGGGAAAUCAUACUCAAGGCCAUGUGGUGAAUGCACCUGUACUCGGGGUGAAUGGAGCUGUCAGGACGAUGACUGUCCCGGUAUCUGCUCCGUACUGGGAGGCUCUCACAUCUCCACCUAUGAUGACAAAACUUACACAUUCCAUGGAGAAUGCUCUUACGUUUUCUCCAAAGAAACUAAUGGGACUUUCAGUGUCCUCGGUGACCUGGUCAGAUGUGAAAAAUCGGAUAAAUCAACGUGUCUGAAUGAAGUCACCAUAAUGCUGGCAAAACAAAAGCAGAAGAUUAGAGUUAAAGCCGACGGACAGGUCUCAUAUAACAAGCAGAUCUCUCACCUGCCUCUUUUCACAGACGACGUAACAGUCUUCAGUCCAUCAACAUUUUUUAUUGUGGUCCACACCACCUUCGGGCUCGAUGUUGAGAUUCAGCUCACGCCGGUUAUGCAGGUCUACAUCAAAGCCAGUGUGUCCAACAAGGGAAAACUUAGAGGUCUUUGCGGAGAUUUCAAUGACAUUCAAGCUGACGACUUCAGAACCACAAACGGACUGAUCGAGGGAACGGCUGAGACAUACGCCAACACAUGGAAGACCAAAUCAGGCUGCCCUGAUGUGACAACCACAUUCACGGAUCCCUGCACCUAUAGCAUGGGCAAGGAGAGAUAUGCCAAACAAUGGUGUUCCCUGCUGUCACGGCAAGGAGGGAUUUUUGCCAAAUGCCAUUCUGACAUAAACCCAGACAUCUAUGAAGAUUCUUGUAUCUACGAUACAUGCGCCUGUAAAAACAGUGAGGAAUGCAUGUGUGCUGCCCUGUCCUCCUAUGUGCGAGCAUGCGCUGCUGCAGGUGUCUUACUGAACGGAUGGAGGGACACUGCAUGCAAUAAGUACACAAGCAGCUGCCCCUCUACUUUAGUAUAUGCCUACCAGAUGAAAAGCUGCGUCCGCACCUGUCGCUCUCUCAGUCAGUCAGACUUAACAUGUGAGGUUGAGUUUACUCCUCUUGAUGGCUGCGGCUGUGCUGAAGGAAAGUACCUCAAUGAGAAGAGGGAGUGUGUGUCGGCCUCACAAUGCUCCUGUCAUAUGGGGGACACAGUGGUGAGGCCCAGGCAGACUGUUACAGUCAAUGGAGAGACUUGCUCCUGCCACGAUGGAAAAUUGAGGUGUAAAGGAAGUCCAAAAAAUAAAUCUUGCACCGAUCCAAUGGUUUUCUUCAACUGCUCCAAUGCAAAGCCAGGUGAAAAGGGAACUGAGUGCCAGAAAAGCUGCCAGACUCUGGACAUAGACUGUGUCAGUACACAGUGUAUCUCAGGCUGCGUGUGUCCUGCUGGUCUGCUUUCUGACGGUAAAGGAGCCUGUGUAGAGGAGGAGGACUGUCCCUGUCCCUAUAACGGACAGUACUACAAUUCUGGACAGACUGUCACUGUAGACUGCAAUACCUGCACUUGCAGAAGCAGAACAUGGAAUUGCACACAUCAUGAAUGUGGUGGGACCUGUUCCAUGUAUGGAGAAGGGCAUUACAUGACGUUUGAUGAAAGGAGAUUCUCUUUUAAUGGGGAAUGUGGUUAUGUCUUCACUCAGGAUUACUGUGGGGACGAUAGGACGGGCACCUUCAGGGUCCUGACUGAGAGCAUCCCAUGUGGAACAUCUGAAAGCAUCUGCUCUACUAAAAUCAAGCUCUACUUAGGGAACAAAGAAAUUAUUCUAACAGAAGAAAAUGUCCAAGUUGUCAAACAAAGCACAGGGGUGGACAUACCCUAUCACAUCAACACUAUGGGUCUAUAUCUUGUCAUUGAGGCGAAGAAUGGUCUUGUUCUCAUGUGGAAUAAGAAGACAAUGUUGAUGAUCAAACUCAGCUCAGCAUUUAAGGGCAGAGUCUGUGGCCUGUGUGGAAAUUACGAUGGGAAUACCAAGAACGACUUCACCACCAGAAACAAAGAAGUUGUGGUCAACGACCUUGAGUUUGGAAACAGCUGGAAAGUGUCGCCUGCCUGCUCCAAUGCAAAUAUAUCAACAAAUCCCUGCAGUCUGUACUCACACAGGAAGGCAUGGGCAUUAAAACACUGCAACAUUAUCUACAGUGAAGUAUUUGCUGUCUGCCGUGAAAAGGUGGAUGCCAGAAACUACCAUGAUGCCUGUGUGAGAGACACAUGUGCCUGCAACACAGGAGGAGACUGUGAGUGUUUCUGCUCGGCUGUGGCGGCCUACGCAGCCGCCUGCAAUAAGGCUGGAGCCUGCGUGAAGUGGAGAACUCCCACAAUCUGCCCUCUGUUCUGUGAUUUUUACAACGCUGAUGGGGAGUGUGAGUGGCACUACAGCCCAUGUGGAAAACCUUGUAUGAAGACAUGCAGGAACCCCUCAGGAAAAUGUUACAACCACAUUCCAGCAUUAGAAGGCUGCUAUCCACAAUGCCCACUUGAACGACCUUAUUUGGAGGAAAAUACCAUGAAGUGUGUGCCACAGGAGGAAUGUGGCUGCUACGAUGAUGAAGGGAAGCAUUAUGAAGAAGGGCAGGACAUGCCUACAAAAGAAAACUGUCAACGCUGUAAUUGUUCUUCAACAAAGAGGAAGUGCAGCUAUGAUGACCACGCUUGCACAUGCUUAUAUAAAGGCAAAGAAUACAAGUUUGGAGAUAAGUUCUACGACACAGAAGAUGGAGAUGGACACUGUAUCACUGCUUUCUGUGGAACAGAUGGAAAUAUUACUAGAAUAUUUGAAUAUUGCACAACAACCACCAAGACACCAACAACAACUUUUAAUUUUACCACAACAGUAAAACCCACAACCACUACAACCACAACCACAGAGAAACCCACCACCACUACAACCACAACCACCAUGAACCCCACAACCACUACAACCACUACCACAGAAAAACCCACUACCACUACAACCACAACCACAGAGAAACCCACUACCCCUACAACCACUACCACAGAAAAACCCACCAACACUACCAUAGAAAAAUCCACUACCACUACCAAAGAAAUAUCCACAACUACUGAAAAACCCACAACAACCACAAUCUCAACAACAACCACCACAACCCCUACAAUCACUACCACAGAAAAACCCACUACCACUACAACCACAACCACAGAGAAACCCACAACCCCUACAACCACUACCACAGAAAACCCAACCACUACCACAGAAAAAUCCACUACCACUACCAAAGAAAUAUCCACAACUACUGAAAAACCCACAACAACCACAAUCUCAACAACAACCACCCCAACCACCACUGCUGACUGCUUUGUUUGUAAUUGGUCUCGUUGGAUCAACAAUCAUUACCCUGACAACACCCUAGAUGGUGGAGAUUAUGAAACUUUAGACAAUGUUACUGAUCCAGAUCUAAAAGAUUGUCAUGAACCUAUGGAGGUAAAAUGUAGAGCAAAAGAAUAUAAAGAUACACCUCUGAAUGAGCUAAAUCAAAAAGUAACAUGCAACACAACAGACGGACUCAUCUGUCAUCACAAAGACCAAGGUCCACCUCCUCGUUGUUUGGACUAUGAAAUACAAGUCAAAUGUUGUACUAACAACUGUAGUUCUACAACCCAAGUAACAACACCAACAACAACCACAAUCUCAACAACAACCACCACACCCCCUACAACCACUACCACAGAAAAACCCACUACCACUACAACCACAACCACAGAGAAACCCACUACCCCUACAACCACUACCACAGAAAAACCCACCAACACUACCAUAGAAAAAUCCACUACCACUACCAAAGAAAUAUCCACAACUACUGAAAAACCCACAACAACCACAAUCUCAACAACAACCACCACAACCCCUACAACCACUACCACAGAAAAACCCACUACCACUACAACCACAACCACAGAGAAACCCACAACCCCUACAACCACUACCACAGAAAAACCCACCACCACUACCACAGAAAAUCCUACCACUACCAAAGAAAUAUCCACCACUACUGAAAAACCCACAACAACCACAAUCUCAACAACAACCACCACAACCCCUACAACCACUACCACAGAAAAACCCACCACCACUACAACCACAACCACAGAGAAACCCACCACCACUACAACCACAACCACAGAGAAACCCACCACCACUACAACCACAACCACAGAGAAACCCACCACCACUACAACUACAACCACAGAGAAACCCACAACCACAACAACAUCAACAAACACUACUUCAGCCAGAGAAAAAUCAACCACAUCAAUUAGUGUGGUCACAAACGAAAUUGUUACAACUCAACAAUCAACAAAACCCCAGGUUGCAAUCUCAACAACAACCACAACCCCUACAACCACUACCACAGAAAAACCCACCACCACUACAACCACAACCACAGAGAAACCCACCACCACUACAACCACAACCACAGAGAAACCCACAACCACUACAGCCACAACCACAGAGAAACCCACUACCACUACAACCACUACCACAGAAAAACCCACCCCCACUACCAACGAAAUAUCCACAACUAGAAAACCCACAACAACCACAAUCUCAACAACAACCACCACAACCCCUACAACCACUACCACAGAAAAACCCACCACCACUACCACAGAAAAUCCUACCACUACCAAAGAAAUAUCCACAACUACUGAAAAACCCACAACAACCACAAUCUCAACAACAACCACCACAACCCCUACAACCACUACCACAGAAAAACCCACUACCACUACAACCACAACCACAGAGAAAACCACUACCCCUACAACCACUACCACAGAAAAACCCACAACUACCACAGAAAUCACUACCACUACCAAAGAAAUAUCCACAACUACUGAAAAACCCACAACAACCACAAUCUCAACAACAACCACCACAACCCCUACAACCACUACCACAGAAAAACCCACUACAACCACAACCACAGAGAAACCCACUACCCCUACAACCACUACCACAGAAAAACCCACCCCCACUACCAAAGAAAUAUCCACAACUACUGAAAAACCCACAACAACCACAAUCUCAACAACAACCACCACAACCCCUACAACCACUACCACAGAAAAACCCACUACCACUACAACCACAACCACAGAGAAACCCACUACCCCUACAACCACUACCACAGAAAAACCCACCAACACUACCACAGAAAAAUCCACUACCACUACCAAAGAAAUAUCCACAACUACGGAAAAACCCACAACAACCACAAUCUCAACAACAACCACCACAACCCCUACAACCACUACCACAGAAAAAUCCACAACCACAGAGAAACCCACAACCACAAGCAGAUCUACAACAUGCUUCUGCAACUACCAGAAUCAGAUUUUCUCCCCAGGGAGCUUCAUGUACAAUAAAACUGAUGGUGCAGGCUGGUGUUUCACUGCAUAUUGCAAUUUAACAUGCAACGUUGAGAAGCUUGCCAGACCAUGUCACUCCACCACUCCACAAGCACCGACCAGCACCACGUCAAGCUCUGGCACUACAACACAAACUGGCUCAACGAAAGUUACAGGAUCCACAGUGAAGCCUUUCAACGACUGCUCAUAUCUGGAGCCACCCAGAAAGCAUGGAGAGACGUGGAAGACAGACAACUGCACCACAACAACAUGUUAUAAUGGAUCAAAAAAAUCAGACCGUACUGUAACAUGUGAUUCAGUGACCAAGCCUGUCUGUGAAAAUAAGAUCGAGCCAAUCAAGGUCUAUGAUGAAACGGGCUGCUGUUAUCACUACGACUGCAGAUGUGUCUGCAGUGGCUGGGGAGAUCCUCAUUAUACAACAUUUGAUGGUCAAUAUUACAGCUUCCAGAAAAACUGCACAUACGUCCUGGUCAAAGAGAUCAUUCCCAGAUACGGUUUUAAGAUUAUUAUUGACAAUGAAAACUGUGACGCCUCUGGAACUGUGACCUGCACUAAAGCCCUGAGGGUGUAUUACAAAGAGUAUGACAUUAUUCUCACACAGGAGAGGAUUCCCAAGACUGUAAACAAGGUCAUCAUCAACAACAAGCGGGUUUUCCCAACCUACUCUAAUAAGGACCUCAGAAUUACAAGUACAGGGAUCGAGCUGCAUUUGAGAAUCCCAGCAAUUGAAGCAUUUGUGAUGUUCAAAGGACUUUCAUUCAACGUUGAAUUGCCAUUUGCGCUGUUCCACGGUAACACAGAGGGACAAUGUGGUACCUGUGACGAUAACAGGACAAAUGACUGCAGAUUACCAAAUGCCACGAUUCAUGCCUCGUGCCCUGAGAUGGCAAAUCACUGGCGUGUAAACGAUACGACAAAGGAAUAUUGCGAGCCACCUACUACUACUACAACAGCAGAACCACCAGUUGAUUGCAAUACUGAUAUCUGCGACAUUUUGAUCAGCACGAUGUUUGAGAAAUGCCACAAACUAGUCCCACCACAUUCCUAUUACGAGGCCUGUAAAUUCGAUGUUUGCCACAUGCCAAAUUCCACCUGGGGUUGUUCCAGUCUGGAGACUUAUGCCACGAUGUGUGCCGAAGUUUCUGUCUGUGUAGCCUGGAGGAACGCUACGAAUGGACAGUGUGAGUUUACAUGUCCAGAAAAUAAAAUCUACAAGCCUUGUGGACCAACUGUUGUGCCAACAUGCAAUGCAAGGUACAAUGACAAGUAUAUAGAACAAUGCCCGGGAGAAACACCUCCACACAACAAUGAAUUCAUGGAGGGAUGCUUUUGUCCAGAGGGGACAACGCUGUUCAGUUCAAAAUCGGACUUCUGUGUCGACGCCUGUUGUACUGGACCUGAUGGCCAACCUAAACGCCUUGGUGAGUCUUGGCAGGUUGGCUGUCAUCAGUGUGUGUGCACUGAGGAAAUUGUUCAGUGUGAGCCGCGAGCUUGUCCCACUCAAGAACCAGUGACCUGUACUGAGAAAGGUGCGGUGUUGGUGAACCGCACAGUGGACUGCUGUGAGAUUCUGACAUGUGACACUCCUGGCCACAGCUGUCAAAUGAACAGGACCUCCACCUACCUGAAGUCAAAGAAUUGCACGUCAGUUGUGCCGGUGGAAAUGACAGCCUGUGAAGGAUCCUGUGGAGCCUCCUCGUCAAUGUACUCUGCAGAGCUCAACAGUAUGACACAUGCAUGCUCAUGCUGUAAAGAAAUGGCCACCAGCAAGAAGGAAGUGGAGAUGAGCUGCUCUGAUGGAAGCAGUCUGAAGCACUCCUACAUUUCAGUUGACAAGUGCGGCUGUCAAGUCGCUGAAUGUACUAAAAACAGCACAGACUAGUGGAAAAUGUUUGAAACUGGAAACCAAUCUCACUCAAAUAUUUUUUAACUUGAUUUCGAAAAACUCUAGAAAAGUUUUUCAUCCAAAAAGAGAUUUACUUCGAGCUGUUACACCUUCAUGUUUAAUGUCUUCCUGGGAUGAUUCAAAUGUUUCCUACGUAUGUAGACACUUGGUCUUUGAACCUUUAGAGUACCUGCAUUUAUUUACAGUGAGGCCGCUCUGGCGUCAUGACGAUAGCACAGGCUGGUAUCAUGUUCUCUUUUAACUUUUUCCAAACAUCAUGGGAUGUUUUCUGUCUAAGAGGGUCUUUCUUUCAAUACCUUAAUAUAUACAACACAUAUCUUCAGAUAUACUGUAUACUGCAUAAUGUUUUGCAGUUUUUAUGUUUUUGGUGAAAGGAUCUUCCAACAUCUGAUGUGUCACAUACACUUCUGUCAAAUAUGAAAACCUUCAGUGCUAUUAAAACUACUAAUGAUCAUGCAUUCUA